AUGGCGGAUGGAUCAGGGUAUGUAUCAGUAUAUAAGAAGAUACAAGGGAAGUCUGAUCUCAUAUCUCAACUUUCACCUAGUUUGCAACCAAGAAAUUAUAUCAGCAGUUCCUGCUUCCCGAAUCCUAUGCUGUUAUCAUACAAGGGUAGUGGCAUGGGCAUGGAAAAUGUAUUUCCAGCGAUAUUUGUGGAUGAAAAACCACAGAAAAAUUUCUUGGUUGAUUUCCUUAUGGGAGGGGUUUCUGCUGCUAUUUCAAAGACAGCUGUUGCACCCAUUGAACGAAUUAAGCUUUUGAUCCAAAAUCAAGAUGAAAUGCUCAAAAUCGGUCGCUUUUGUAUCUCAAGUCUCAACCAUACAAGGGUAUAUCUGAUCCAAAAUCAAGAUUUUGAUUAA